GAAAGACAAACACACCCUUAAAAGAUGCGUAGCACUCUAUGGAAGCGAACCCUUUUCUCUGCCCGGUACACAUGGAUAAAAUCAACGUUUGGUUAUUCCAAAGUUCCUCUGUGGGUCGGCUGGCGAGGGCAUUCUAGUAAUUCCUUCUCGUCAAACCCAACCGAUGAAACCAACAACCACAACAGUAGGAAUAGUCCUCAUAAUACUAAUAGUGGCACUAUUAGUACUGAUACCACUUCUAAUGUCCCUCCUUCCUCUUCAGAUGAAGGGGCCUCCUCGACAAAGAGUGCAAAGACAAUCCACAUCUGCGUUCAUUCCGUAGUGGAGUCCAAGACGAAACGGAUUCAGGCGCCAGUGGGGAUGACUUUAAUGGAGGCGAUUCGUGAUAUCGCGAAGUUGGAUAUCGAGGCCUCGUGCGAUGGCUGCUGUGCGUGUAGUACCUGUCAUGUCAUCUUUACCACGGAAACCUACGUCAAACUUCGCGAGCCGCCAACGGAAGAAGAGUUGGAUAUGUUGGAUUUAGCCCCCUCCGCGACGAAGUCCUCCAGACUUUCCUGCCAAGUUCGUCUAACGGAGGAGAUGGACGGCAUUGAGGUGUCCAUCCCGGAUGAAAUGGAACCCUGAAUGGGAUGCGAUAAGGAUAAAAAUGAAAAAAAUGACGUGUGUAGAAAAAAGGGUAUAGGUUCCAACGCUUUAAUAAAAUAUUAAAAAUAAAUCUUCUUCAAAAUGGAGUUCUCUCAAUCUCUUCCAUGGACAUCAUGUCUGUUGGCAA